AUGAUCGCGAUAGAUCACGCGAUAGGGACAGGCGCAGAAGGUCUAGAUCGCGCUCACGAGAUCGCGACCGUCGUCGCAGUCGCUCACGCGACCGUCAUCAUCGCGAUGAUAGGUACGAGAGACGCGAUAGGGAAAGAGACGAUCGAGAGCGACGACAUCGCCAUUGAGUGGUCUACCCAACGUGCGAAUAGUAUGAGGUGCGCGCGAGGAUCACUAUCCCGCGAUUUCCUUCCCGCAUCUAUGGCAAAUUACGGUUUUUCCUAAGA